AUGUUCUUCCUUUUUCUUGCAGGAGAACCGGAAUUUAAAUAUGUUGGGAAUAUGCAUGGGAAUGAAGCUGUCGGAAGGGAGUUGCUCAUCUUCCUGGCUCAGUACUUGUGUAAUGAGUACCAGAAAGGAAAUGAAACUAUUAUCAACUUGAUCCAUAGCACACGUAUCCAUAUCAUGCCAUCUUUGAACCCGGAUGGCUUUGAGAAGGCAGCAUCCCAGCCCGGUGAACUUAAAGACUGGUUUGUUGGUCGAAGUAACGCCCAAGGGAUAGAUCUAAACCGAAAUUUCCCUGAUCUUGAUAGAAUAGUCUAUGUUAAUGAGAAAGAAGGUGGCCCAAACAACCAUCUGCUGAAAAACAUGAAAAAAGCUGUGGACCAGAAUCCUAAGCUUGCUCCUGAAACAAAAGGUGUCAUUCACUGGAUUAUGGAUAUUCCCUUUGUGCUCUCUGCCAAUCUUCAUGGAGGAGACCUUGUUGCAAACUAUCCUUAUGAUGAGACUCGGAGUGGCAGUGCUCAUGAAUACAGCUCCUGCCCCGAUGAUGCUAUUUUUCAAAGCCUGGCUCGCAGUUACUCUUCUUUCAAUCCCACUAUGUCUGAUCCAAACAGACCACCGUGUCAUAAAAAUGAUGAUGACAGCAGCUUUGUGGAUGGAACAACUAAUGGCGGUGCAUGGUACAGCGUCCCGGGAGGAGAGCCCCACUGCAUGGGGUUCAGAAUGCAGGAUUUCAAUUACCUCAGCAGCAACUGCUUUGAAAUCACAGUGGAGCUUAGCUGUGAAAAAUUCCCACCUGAAGAAACUCUGAAGGGCUACUGGGAGGACAACAAGAACUCCCUUAUCAAUUACAUCGAGCAGAUUCAUCGAGGAGUGAAGGGGUUUGUUAAAGAUCUUCAGGGCAAUCCAAUAGCAAAUGCUACAAUUUCUGUGGAGGGAAUAAGCCAUGACAUUACAUCAGCCAAGGAUGGUGAUUACUGGAGAUUGCUUGUGCCUGGAAAUUACAAACUUACAGCCUCAGCACCAGGCUAUCUAGCAAUAACUAAAAAAGUGGCUGUGCCCUUUAGCCCUGCAGUUGUGGUUGAUUUUGAACUGGAGUCAUUGUCUGAAAGAAAAGAAGAGGAGAAAGAAGAGUUGAUGGAAUGGUGGAAGAUGAUGUCAGAAACACUAAAUUUUUAAAGGAAGAUUUUGGCUUUACAGCUUUUAAUCUAUUAUAUGUUGACUUAGUAUAAUGUACUGUGGAAAGUCCCUAUAUUCUAGAUUUUGUGCACUUCACAAUAAUUAACUUUGAAUUUUUCAGUCAUCUUUUGAAUAAUAUGAUUAUAAAUAACUACUAGCCUCCUAGCUACAUAAGUUAUUAAUUUUCUUCCAUAUUAUUAUAGAAAAUUUACUCUUAUAUACAAAUCAGAAAAAAACGAGUGAAUGUCUCUGCAGCCUAUAUGGAAGUACAAUCUGUUGUGUAUUAUUUGCAAGUUCAGAAUAUGUAGGUUAACUCUUGGUUUUAAAAAAGAAAUAUGCUGUAGUCAAUUCCCAAUACUGCCAGAAAUAUUUGACAGUGCAUAGUAACAGACAGUGCUCUUUACUGAGUUCUGUAAUGGAUGUUAUUGAAAAGAUGUAUCAUAACAGUGUGUGGUGUAAUAAUGUUUUACAAGGAUUAAAAUUCAGUAUAACAUUUUGUAUGUCUCUGGUGUUGGGGCUAUUUAAAUAUGUAAGAAAGAGAAGCUGACUGGGUUUUAGUAAGCAGAAGGAAUCUGCAUAAGCUCUUUUAUUAAGGAUGGCAUGGAAUGAAUUCAGGAAAUAGCAGAGCUUUAUUCCUUAAACUGUUAUCGACAUUUCAAGAUCAGGUUUUAAUUAUUUCUCAUUACUUAUUAACCAAAUUAAAAAGUUGUGAAUGGGUGAAGAACAACUUGUGCAUCUUGUUAAUAUGCUGCUUGUGUUUGUUUUACAGCAAGAAAAAAAAAAUCGUUUCAGGUGAUGUCUGUUUUAAUUCGAUAACUACCUUUUCAA